CGUCCAGCAACAGACUUACUGUCUCAGGCACCAGCUUUAUGCUCAACAAUAAUAAGGUGUUUCUGUCUGGUGGGAACCUUGCGUGGAUCAAUUAUGGUUGCGACUAUGGCUACGAUUUUUACCCAAAUACGAAACCAAAGGUGGAGGAGCAGUUCAAGCUUAUGAAGCAGGCCGGUGGAAACACAAUGAGAAUAUGGAUACACUGUGAAUGCGUGUCGAGUCCUCUUAUUAACGAGACCUCAGGAUACGUCAUCGCCCCAGACAACAACGGAAAGUUCUUAGGGGAUGUUAAAGAUUUACUGGAUACCGCUGAAAAGUACGACAUCCUAGUCAUCCCGACCCUGUGGUCAGCCGGCAAACAUCCAAGACUGCAUGGCCUCAUCAACGACACUAAGAAACUACAGAGCUACAUUGACAUUGUGCUGAAGCCGCUGGCUACAAAGUUGAAAGGUCACAAGGCACUCGGAGCUUACGACAUUUGCAACGAACCUGAAGGGAUUCUCAUCCGACAUUCGGUUGACACUGACCCUUGCUUUGACACGAGAGGUGUUAAUUUUGGAAUUGGCUGGCAUGGCGCCUUCUUUGACUACAAGCAUAUGCUCAGGUUCAUUAACCUUCAAUCUGCCGCCAUCAAGUCUGUAGACCCGGGCGCGCUGGUCACAGUAGGAAUCUGGGAGGGCAAAGUGAUAACGGACAAGUUCAACAUGGUCAACCGCUACUCAGACGACUGUCUCAGGAAGGCUGGAGGGAAAAAGGAGGGAGUGUUGGACUUCUAUUCCGUGCACGGGUACUCCAAUGCCAUUGGUCAAACAUUUGACAGCCUCGGUGUAUUUAAG